UUAAUAACAAACUUCAUUAAAACACACCUAAAAGAUUCUAGUCAACACAAAUCACCUGAAGCAAGAUAAGAAUAGAUAUGGCAGUUAAAUUGUUGGUAAUUUUUUUAAAAAAUAUUAUUGUAACGAAUUUGAUAUUAUGAAUCUUUUUCUUGACAAAAAAAAUACAUAAAUGUUGUUUGUCCAUUAUUAUUUUCUUAAAAUAAAUAAAUAAAUAAAUAAAAUCCCACAUCCCGCAGCCCACGUGGUGGCAAUGUAGAGAAAUAGCAUCCAACAGAGUAGAAAUAGGCAGCAAAUCAUAUAAAGUCGCCGUCGUCAGGGAAUACUAAAAAUCUUCUCUCUCCUCCUUCAACGUUGAAUUGAAUCAGACCGUGAGUGAUGUGAUUCCUCCUUCUUAUCCUUCACUCAAUUUUGACUUUCUCCACGCGCCUCCACCUCUUCUCCACGCGACACCACUUCUCUCUUCUUCUAAACUUUUGUCUUCUUUCUCUCCACUUUCCCUCUUUUUUAGCUCCCUUUCCCCCACUUUCUCUUUCUUUAUUUUCCUGAAAUCCAAACAAAAUUCUCUCUCCUACUUUCUCUCUCUCUUAGGAUUUCGGAUCUAAAAGAGGGGGAGAGGAGAGAACAAGAGGAAGUUGGGAGUGUCGUGGUGGGGGCUGAGGGCCUUUAUGAGUUCAGAGCUUCUGAUGAGAAGAAGAUGGGCGGAGUCACAUCGUCAAUCGCCGCCAAAUUCGCUUUCUUCCCGCCGAACCCGCCCUCUUACACGGUGAUCGCCGAGGAUUCCGCCGGUGACAAGCUUUACAUUCCCGAAGUUGCCAGGAGGGAUGACGUGGACGUUCUCAAGCUCAAGACCCGUAGAGGGAAUGAAAUCGUGGCCGUUCAUGUCAAGCACCCGAGGGCUUCGUCUACUUUGCUCUAUUCUCAUGGAAAUGCCGCUGACCUGGGCCAGAUGUUUGAGCUCUUCGUCGAAUUGAGUGCUCGGCUUCGCGUUAACCUUAUGGGGUAUGACUACUCUGGCUAUGGACAAUCAACUGGAAAGCCAACGGAAUAUAACACCUAUGCAGACAUUGAUGCAGCUUAUAAAUGCCUCAAGGAGAAGUAUGGAGUUAAAGAUGAACAAUUGAUACUAUAUGGUCAAUCUGUUGGUAGUGGUCCCACAGUUGAUCUUGCAUCACGAAUACCAACCUUGAGAGGUGUGGUUUUACAUAGCCCUAUCUUGUCAGGGCUGAGGGUGCUGUACCCUGUUAAGCGGACCUACUGGUUUGAUAUUUACAAGAAUAUUGACAAAAUUGGUAUGGUGAACUGCCCUGUUCUGGUCAUACAUGGGACAUCAGAUGAAGUUGUGGAUUUGUCCCAUGGGAAGAACCUUUGGGAGCUAUGUAAUGAAAAAUAUGAACCGCUCUGGAUUAGUGGAGGUGGGCACUGCAAUCUUGAACUAUACCCAGAAUUCAUAAAACAUCUAAAGAAAUUUGUACAGACGCUUGGCAAAUCAAAACCGAGUGCAAGUAGUUCGAAGAAAAAUGGUGUAGAAUCUGAGAGUCAGAAAAAACCAUCUGAAGCUGGAGGUUCGGACACACUUGAGUUGGCUACGGAGCUUCCAGAAAUUUCUAGAAACAGUUUAGAUAGUCGACUUGAUAAGUCUAAAAAACCAAUCAAGCCCGAAAAAUCUAGGAUGAGUACUGACCGUGUUGACAGGUUCAGGAGAAGAAAGGGUUUAGUGUGGUGAUUUGUUAUGACAGACAGAGCAUUUACAAUAAUUCAUGCACUUGUUAAAAAAAGGUAAUUAUUUACUUUUCAGUUUCACCUCCUUAUUUAAUGAUGUAUCAAUUCUAAAGCGAAUAGAUAUCAUCUCGAACGAGUUACUUUAACAUAAGGCUGUCUUCAUUUAUGUAUAUUAUAAAACUGAGUGAAAUCUCACACGCAUGCAUCUCAAUUUGGACACGUAGGCCGUUUUCAUA